CGAGUACACUGUCCCUGUGCUGUCAACCAAUAGUUAUACGACACUUGCCCACUUGCAACGUAUUUGCUGAGGUGCCAUGCUUCAAACUGCUGCUGCUGUUUGUGCCACUGUUCGGCGUGCGCCGGUUGCUGUUAAAGAAAUCUUGUUUCUACAGCAAUAGCAGCUCGUUACUGCGGCUGGAUGCUGCGCGUCGGCAAAGACUCGAGCCUCGCUGCUAGCGUUCUGGUUGUCCUGGACAGCACCAGGAAUUGUGUCAAGUACUUUUAUUGAACGAGGAGCAAGGAGUGGACAACGGCCCGGCCCGCUGCGGGGCAAAUGGCUUCCGCGGCGAGCGCUGCCAAGCCGGCUGACGAUGGCGUCAAGUUCACGAUCACGGUGCAGUGUCAGAUUGGCGGCGAGAAGCGGGCGGUAUCGUACACCGUGUUCAAGCGGACUCUUCUGAGCCAGGUCUUUGAUAGCAGCGUUCAGUUCUUCAAGCUGGACCCAGCUCAGGUGAUCCUGGUGGUCAAAAACAAAGUGGCGCUCACCCACAAGUGCAUCGAGGACUAUCGGCUCACAGACAAGAGCGUGCUGGACUUGAUCCACCUGAAGGAGGCGCCCACCAUCGACCUCACCCUGCGCGACCAGGCCGGCAAUGCGCAGACGCUGCCCGCCUCCGCCUACCACCCCCUCUCCGACGUCGUCAAAGCCUUCUGCCGCGCGCUCGGCGAGGAGACCGGCUUCUCCGACCUCUAUCACGGCGGCAUCGCGCUAGACCUCGACGCCUCGCCGGCCUCCAUCGGCCUAAAGAGCGGCGAGCAGUUGUUCUGCUACUGCUACAAAGCCGCCUGCAAGGCGCACUGGAACGCGGCAGGCAAGCCCGAGCAGGCCAAGAGCCUCCGCUUCAUUAAAUUCUACUUCAGCGAUUGGAAGUAUGGAUACAAGACGUUUCCGAUUUUCCGCCACGACAUCGCGACGCCCAUGGAGGUGCUCAUCCGCACCUUCUGCGCAUGGCGCGGCCUGGAUUACGAGGCCACGGGCUUCUUGUACAGCUAUACCUACAAGGCGGUUGCGGAGGGCGACACAGCCACUGGCAAGGCCCUGGCAGAUGGAGACACCAUCCUGGCCUACAGCCGCCAGGAGCUGCAGGGCCGGCUGUGGGACUCCAUCCUGGCCGGCGACUGCGGCGCGGUGCGGGCGCUGCUGGCGGCAGGCGCCGAGCUGAGCACCAGCAUCGGGCCGGAGGAGUGGGGCAAGCACCCCCUGCAUGCCGCCGUGGCCAACGGGCACGUGGAGCUGGUGCGGCUACUGCUGGCACAGCAGCCGCAGGCGGGGCAGCAGCAGCAGCAGCAGCAACCGGGAGCGGAAGGAGCGGCGGGAGCGGAGGGGGCGGCGGCGGCUGGCGCCGGUGCAGGAGGAGAGCAGCCGCAACCGCAGCAGCAGCAGCAACAGGAGCCGGAGGCUGCAGCUGGCGGAGCGGCGGGCGGCAGCACGCCUCUUGACGCUGGCGGCGGCGGCGCGGUGUUGUCCCCGCCGGCGGCAGGCGGCUGCGACCCCAACCAGCUGGACUACGCCAGCGACCCGCCGCUGUGGCACGCGGUGGAGAACAACCUGGUGGAGCUGGUGGGGCUGCUGCUGGCGGCGGGGGCGGGCGCGGCCGACCUGCCGCACAGGGAGGGGCGGCCCAAGACGAGCUACUCCGCCUGCCCGCACGCGGCGCGCAAGGGGCACGCGGAGACGCUGCGCGUGCUGCUGGCGGCGGGCGCCAACCCCUGGCUGCCGGACGCGGACGGCUACAGCGCCUACGACUACGCGCUGGACCACGCCAAGCCGCCGGCGGUGGUGGCGGCGCUGCUGGAGGGCGACCCGCGGUUCGGGGAGGUGCAGCGCGGCUUCCAGGCCGCGUACGGGCGCAUGUGUCAGAUGCUGAAGCGCACGCAGCGCUACCCGGCCCUGGGCUGCCCCUGCCGCACCUGCAACAGCCUGUUGGAGAUACGCGCGCCGGAGACGGAGGCCAGCCGGGCGGUGCGCGAGCAGAUCGGCUGCGUGGCUCUGGUGCGGGCGGUGCAGGCGGGCGGGCCGCACUGUGCCCAGGUGAUGGAGCUGCUGCUGGCCGCGGGGGCGCUGCUGGACGGCCAGGACUACGACGGCCGCACGGCGCUGCACCAGGCCAUCCGCUACAACCGGCUGGGCGAGGCGGCGUGGCUGGUGGGCCGAGGCGCGCACCUGGACAUACCCGACUUCGAGGGGCUGCUGCCGCUGCACCAGGCCGGCUGCUCGGGCUUCUGCGACAUCACUCGGCUGCUGGUGAGCAGUGGCGCGCCGCUCAACCUGCACACCAUCAAGUACGUCAGCCAGGAGGCGCUGGACGCACAGGCCAAGAAGCAGGCGGAGGGCGGCCUGGUGGGCGGCAAGAAGGGCGGCGGCGGCAACCGGCGCAAGCAGCAGCAGCUGGAUGUGAGCGGGCUGACCACCAUUGGCGGCAACAGCGCGUUGGCUCUGGCCAUACGACACGGCCACGGCGCCAUUGUGGAGUACCUGCUGCAGCAGAACGCGGUGUUCGACCUGAAGAACGCGGCCGACAGCUCCGCCUUCCACGCCGCGUUAGACAAGGGGAGCGCCGCCAUCGCCGGUCUGCUGCUGCAGCACAUCAACAAGAAGGCCACGGGUGGGCCGGCGGCGACGGCGACGGCAGGCGGUGGUGGUGUUGCCGGCGCUACGCCGGCAGGUGCUGGUGGUGCGGGUGGCGGCGCGGGCGGCGGCGGCGGCGGUGCCGUGGGCGCGGUGGCGAGCCGGAGCCCCACGUCGCGCGCCGGGGCGGGUGGCAAGGCGGAGAGGGAGAAGGAGCGGGAGAAGGAGCGGGAAAAGGAGCGGGAGCGGGAGGCCAAGCAGAGCAAAAAGGAGGCGAAGCGGGAGCGGGAGGCGGCGAGUAAGGAGAAGGAGGCGAGCAAGGAGAGGGAGGCCGCUGCCGCGGCUGCUGCUGCUGCCGCCGCCUCGCCCACUGCAGGUGGCGGCGGGGCUGGGGAUCAGGGGGGCGCGGGGGACGGCGGCGGCGGCGAUGCGCCUGUGGCGUUCGACGCGGGUGCGGGCCUCCGCGAGAUGGUGUUGAAGGAGCGGGAGCGGUUGCGGCAGCAGCUGGGGCUCAGCACGCCAGCCAGCAACGGCAGUAGCAGCAGCGGCGGCGGCGGCGGAGCGGCAGCAGGUGCCGGUUCAGAGUCAAAGCCAGUGCUAUCCAUUUUCUCGAGGAGUAGCACUAGCACGCCUGCGGCUGCUACUGCGGCAAAGCCGCCGCCUGUGCCGUCCUCCGCGCCGCCGGCUGCUACUGCGAGCGGAGCGGCGGCGGCGGCGGCGGCGGCGGGCGGCAGCGCUAGCUUGCAGGCCAAGAGCUCACUGGGCGGGAGCAGUAGCAGCAGUAGCAGUAGCAGCGCAGCGGGCAGUAGCACGACGGCAGACUCGAGCGGCAGCGGCGGCAGCAGCGUCGCCGCCACCACGCCCGCUGGCUCGACGUCCGCCUCACCCAAGGUGCUCACAGAUGAGGAAAGCCAGCCGCCGCAGGCUCCUAACACGCAACAGCAGCAGCAGCAGCAGCAGCCGCAGCAGCCGCAACAGCAGCAACAGCAGCAAUCGCAGGCGCAAGGGCGCGCGGGGGACGGCCAGGCUGGGGCUGGGGCUGGGGCUGCGAAGACGGAGCCAGAGCAGAGCAAGGCAGCGCCAGUAGCAGCAGCGGCGGCGGCGUCGGCGACGGCGAAUGGGCCUAAGGCAGCGGCGGCGGCAGCUCCCGUGAGGGAGGAGUCAGGGGCGGGUGGUGCGGCUGCGGCCAAAGCGCCGGCGGUAUCCGCAGCAGGCAGCGGCGGCGCCGGAAAGGAGGCGGCUGGGGGCGCUGCCAAGGCCUCCGCCUCCGCCGCCUCGGCCCCAGCCCCAGCCGGCAAGGCCGCCACAGGCAAGGCCGCUAGUGCUGCCUCUCCUGCGGCUGCGCCGGCGCAGGCGCCAGCCGCCGCGGCCGCUCCCGCAGCCGCCGCCGCGGCCCCCGCCCCCAGCCCCAUCAAGGUGAAGUUCCGCGCCAAGCCAGUGGAGACGCCGUCGCCCCUGGCUGCUGCGGCUGCUACUGCUGCCACUGCCGGAACCGGCGCUGCAGCGUCUCCGGGCGCCGGCGAUGUCGCGGCCCCGGCGCCCGCGCCGGGCCUGACGGUGGCGGCGGUUGUGGCGGGCGCUGCCGCCGCCGGCGAGGCGCAGGGCGGCGGCGGCAGCGCGGCCGCCGCCAACAUCAUCUCCUUCACCAAGACGCGGCGCGGUAAGGUGAUCACGGUGCCAGCACCCAUCGUGUCCAACCGCAACUACCGCUCAGCCGCCGCCGGCGAGCAGCCGCAGCAGCCGCAGCCCGCCACCGGCGCGCCUCAGCAAGGCGACGUGGCGGCGGCGGCGCCAGUGCCGCCUUCGGCCGCAGCGGCGGCACAGCAACAGCAGCAGCAGCAGCAGCAGCAUGGGCACGGCUCCUCGCCGCCGGCUUACCUGACGGUUCCGACCAGCAUGCUUGCCGGACGCAGCAGCCACGGUGGGCCUGGCAAGGCGCCGGCAUCCGGCGACGGCAGCGCAGCCGGCGCAGCGGGCUCGUCCACCACCGACGGCGCCGCGGCCACCAGUGCAGUCGGUGCGGGUGCGGGUGCCGGUGCUGGGGGCCGGGCUGCGCCGCCUGGCUACAACACGCGGCCCGGCGCGGCAACGCAAGGGCUGGCGCCGUCACCGUCGUCCGCGGGGUCGGCCGGGGCUGCGACGGGGCCCACGAAUAGCCCUGGCCCUCAAGCGCACCUACAACAGCAGCAGCAGCAGCAGCAGGCGGAGGUAGCCGGGCCGCUGGGCCUGAGCGCGUCCGCUUUUCCGCCGCUGCAGGCGCCGUCGCAGUCGCCGCAACAGCAGCCCCAGCAGCAGCAGGCGGCGGCUGCAGCCUACACGCCGACGUACCCACUGCCGCCAAAGCAGAUCCCCAUCCGCGUGCAGGUGCAUGUGUCACAGCCCAACCCGCAGCAGGCUACGACUGCGGCUGCUGCAUCCACCGGCUCCGCCGCACCGACGCCGCCACCGGGCUUUGCCCCCGCCCAGUCACCCGGAGGCGGCAAUGCCUUCGGGUCCGCCUCCGCGGCUGCGUCGGCCCACGCGCAGCAGCAACUGCACAUGCUGCAACACCAACAGCAACAACUCCAGCAGCAGCAGCACCAGCAGCAGCAGCAGCAGGCCCACAACCAGUUCGCAUCGCUGUCGCUCUCACACGAGGAGAUGGCAGCGAUGGAGCGCUAUGCGGCGGCGGCGGCCGCCGCCGCCGAUGCGGCCGCUCUGCAGAGCGAGCUCGAGCGGCACUUGGAGUCCUCUCUUGAGAGCAUGGUGUUGUCGGUUGUUGACCAGGGACUGGAGGAGAGCGUGGGGGUGGACCGGCUUAUGCUGGGUGGAGGAGGAGGCGGAGGCCUGGGGCUGGGAGGGAUGGGUGGCCUGGGCGCGUCGCUGGGCGGCGCGGCGGCGGCGGAGAUGGCGGCGGCGCUGCUGCCGCAGACGGGUCAGGGUGGUGGUGGCGGCGGCGGCGGCGGCGGGAUGUUGUUGCAUGAGGCGCAGCAGCAGCUCCAGCUCCAGCAACAGCUGCAGCAGCUGCAGCAGCUCCACUCGAAGCAGCAGCACCAGCAGCAGCAGUACCAGAUGCUCCUCCAACAACAACAGCAGCAGCAACAGCAGCAGCAGCAGUUGGCGGCUGCAGGCUCGGGCCUGGGGCUGGGCUUGGGCGGCGGUGGCGGCGGCGGUGGCGGUGGCGGCUCUGCCUCCAACGACGGAAACGUGGGCCUACGUCGCGGCCUCGGCGGUGCCCCGGCAGCGCCGGUGGGAUCCCGCGCCGACCAGCUGGCCGCCGCCGCCAUGGCGCGCGCCGCCUCUGGCGACCUGCUAGGCAGCCUAGGCCUGGGAAUGGGCCUGGGGCUUGCAUCGCUGGACCCGGACUACGCGCUUGCGGCGGCGGUGGCGGGCAGUGGCAUGCUCGACGCCUCUGAGGGCGGCGGCGGCGCCGCCGUUGGCGGCGGCGGCGGCGGCGGCAGCUUGCACAUGAGCCGUACCGCCUCGCAACAGGCGCUUAGCCGCUUCGACUCCGGCGUGCUGGGGCAGCAGGGCGGCGGCGGCGGUGGCGGCGCGUCGCUGGCGCUGUUUGGCGACGUCUGGUCGGCGGAGGGUGGCGGCGGCGCCGCCGCCGGGAAGGGGCUGGGCGGCAUGGGCGGCUCGUCCGCGGACGGCAGCGGCCUGACGGACUGGCGCACGCCCAGCGGCGGCCUCGGCGGCGGCGGCUUGGGUGGCGGCGGCGGCCUGGGCGGCGACUGGUCGGUGCUGGCGGAGGCGCAGCAGCUGCAGCUGUCGCAGGCCAUGGGCGCGAGCCUGGGGCUGGGGCUGGGCGUGGGCCUGUCGGCGGCGCCGGCUCCGGCGCCCCCGCCGGCGGAGCUGGAGCCGCUGCCCGACUUCCCGGCGUCGCUGUUUGACGACGACGCCGACGACAACCCGCCGCGGUCGGCGGCGGCGGCGGCGCCUUCGGCUGGCGGGCACUCAGCUUCCACCGCCAUGUCGUCAGGCCCGCCCGGCCUGGCGGGCGCGCGUGGCGGCGGCGGCGCCGGCGGCGCCGCGGCGCCUCCGCCUCCGCCGCCGCCUUCCUCUGGCGUCAGCAACGGCCCUCGCGGGCCGCACUACGGCGGGCACGGCUUCAUGGGUGGCCACGGCGGCGGCUCGGCGCACGGCUCUGGCGGCGCCGGCGGCGGCGGUGGCGGCUAUGGCAGCGGCCAUUCCAGCUACGGCAGCACUGGAGGCGGCGGCUCGGGACAGUACGGCAGCGGCAACGACUGGUACGGCAACGGCUCGGGCGCCGUCAGUGGAGCUGGCGGCGGCGCUGGCGGCGGCUAUGGCGGCUACCGCGGCGGCGGCGCUCACGCCAUGCCGCAGCAGCCUGGCGGCGGCAUGGGCCACAGCAGCCACAGCUCGUCCAGUGGCGCGGCGGCGGCUGGCGGCGGCGGCGGCUCCGUGUGGUUUGCGGGCGGCGGCGGCAAGGCGGCGGCAAUGAGCAGCGGGCGGGCGGCCGGCAGCGGUGUGACUGGCAGCAGUGACGGCGCCGCAGCAGCGGCGGCUGGCGGCAGCGGUGUGUCUGUGGGCGGCAAGGGCCACGGCCACAACCACCACGCGCAUAGCCACGGCCGGGGCAAGGGCCGCAGGUGAUAGGCUGACAGCAGCAAGACAGGAGAGGCAGCGUAGCUGUUUGUGAUGCGGUACAAGGCGGAGGUGUAAGGUGGUACUGGCGCUUGUGUUGGUGUUUACGAUUGCCCUAUCGGCGCGCGGUAACUUUACUGGUAUGCGUGGCGGUUUGCUCGAGGCAGUGUCAGUGGCAGCGAGGCAGAUGUACAGGCGCAAGCUGGGCCGUAGGCCGAAGCAAACAUUCGUGGCGAGAAUCUAAGGGGCCCCAGGCUACGGUCCACAUUGCGCUGGAAUGGUCUAGUGGACCACUGCUACUGGUGUCACCAAGCAUCUGAAGCGCUGUUUGUUGGUUGGAAAUGGCACACGAUCAUGCAUUUUGCACAUGACUUGCUCAAGCUCCGUGACUCGGGUUCGGUUGCUGCAAGCCUGAUCCGAAG